AUGCCUCCCGCCGAUCACGUCCUGGAUGUCCGCAAAGGCAUCGCCGUGAGACAGGCCACCGGCGACGCCAGCUCCCGCCCAUCGGCCAGUACCGGCAGCGAGCCGAGCAGUGCUGGCCAGUCUACGCCGACGUCGUCUCCCGAGCCCAGCAGCACGCCCGAGCCUUCACAUUCGUCAAGCAGCGCCGCCCCCCCUCCGUCAUCGAGCUCCGCACCACCUCCCGCCUCGUCGCCAUCCGCGCCUCCUCCCUCGUCGGCCCCUUCGUCGUCGCCUAGCCCGACCCCGAGCCAAACCCCGUCCCAGUCUGUGCCGACUGUAACCACCACCACCACUACCACCCAGCACACGUCAGCAGCCCCGGCCCCAACUUCUUCUCCCUCCGGGACCAGCGUGCCCCCCGCCGAGACGUCCGUAGUCGUUGUCACCUCCACCACUAUCGGCACGCCGCUCCCGCCCUCCUCUACUACCUCCUCUACGCACAGCCCGACCCCCGUCUCCGGUGGCGGUAGUGGGAGUGGUGGCCUGAGCUCCUCCGGCAAGGUCGCCGUCGGCGUCGUCGUCCCUAUUGCCGCCAUUGCCCUCCUUGCUGUCAUUGGCCUGUUCUGGUGGCGUAAGCGCAAGGCCCGCCUCGAGUCCGAGGAGGAGCGCCGCAAGGAGGUCGAGGACUACUCGUACAACCCCAAUGCCGACCCCACCAUUCCCGCCGUUGGCCUCGUCGGUGGUGCCGCCGGUGCUGGCGGUGACGGCUACGAGAUGCGCGAGGACGCCUCUGCUGGCUAUCGCGGCUGGGGCUCGACCACGGCCGGUGGCUCCGUGGGCCGCAAGGCCUCCACCACGCUCUCCAACCCCGGCGCCUUCUCCGAGGCGACUACUGCCCGUGGCGGCCCGCAUGACGCCCACGACGGCUCCUCGUCCCAGGAGGGCGAGAUUCUCGGCGCCAUGGGUCCGUCCGCCGCGCACAACCGCACUGCGACUGGCGACGUCCGCCGCGGACCCUCUAAUGCCUCGUCCUCAUACAGUGCCACCGGACGCUCCGAGGGCUCUGACGGCGGCGGCAUGUACCCCGGCGGUCCAGGCGCUGGCGGUGCCGGUGCCGGUGCCUACUAUGACCAGUACAGCCAGGGCGCCUACGGCGACGGUGCCGCCGUCAUUCGCGAUAACCCCGCCCGACGCAACACCCAGAUCGAGAACACGUCCCACUAUCCUCAGCAGAGCGCGGGCAUUGCCCAAAAUUUCUAA